CAACUCAGCAAGGGAGCAAAAGAGGGGCAGGCGCUGAGUUCGACAGGAGACCCAAAACAUCUCCACAAAGCCAGGCCUCCCCAAGAAUCAGUGAGUCUUCGGGGUGACGGAUGGAUGGAGGGGAAGGGGCUUUGGGCAUGGAAGGGAGUGAGCGGUGGCAGGGUUCUCUGGUUUGCUUGUUUCAGGGGAAGGGCUUAGGGUUAAAGGUUGGGAUCUCAAGUGAGUGCCACGUCAGGGGAUCGCUUUGGGGCACCGUUGGGCAUGCCUCACACCCAAUCUCUCUCGCCUUCCCCAACCUGGUGCCCCCAUAUGUCUAUCUGUUUGUACCCCACCUUUUCCUCCAAGGAGCUCAAGGUCCUCCUCACCAUUUAAUCCUCACAACGGUCCCAUGAAGUAGGCUAGGCUGGGUGAGACGGUGACUGGCCCCCAAGGUCUCUCAGUGUGUUUUGUGGCUGUGGGGGGAUUUGAACCCUGAUCUUUCCCUGGUCCUAGUUCAGAAGUCUAACCCAGGGGUCAGCAAACUUUUUCAGCAGGGGGCCAGUCCACUGUCCCUCAGACCUUGUGGGGGGUCGGACUAUACUUUUUUGGGGGAAAUAAACGAAUUCCUACGCCCCGCAAAUAACCCAGAGAUGCAUUUUAAAUAAAAGCACACAUUCUACUCAUGUAAAAACAUACUGAUUCUCGGACCGUCCGCAGGCCAGAUUGAGAAGGCGAUUGGGCCAUAUCCAGCCCCCGGGCCUUAGUUUGCCUACCCAUGGUCUAACCACUGCACCACACUGUCUCUUGCUGUUUUAGGCUACAGGUCCCACCAGCUGACCUAAUUCCUGUCUGGCCAGACUUCACCUACAACUUCUGGAAUGGCCUUUGCCACUUUUGUGUUGGGGUGUGGGGAUCCUGGUGCGAGGGGAAAUAAAAGCCACUUUGAGCCGGCAAAGGAAGGGUUUUUAUUUUUGAUUCAUAAGAUAACUUUUACCUCCACCUUUGUGAAAUCAGGAUGCCGGAGGUGGGCAGGCCCCGCAAGGAGAGAGCCUCAAAGUCCAGGAAACACCAGAGGCAGAGUCUGGAAGGUCAUGGUGUAAAAACUGGGGACCCCUCUCCCCCCAAAUAAGGGGUAAUUUCUGGGGGACUCAGAUCCAGAACUCCUGAACUUCCUGCCUGAUUGGGAGCAGGUCCCAGCUGGUUAAAGGUGCCUUAAAUAGCAGGAUUCCUGGGUUCCCACAAAAGGAAAUCAGAUUUAAGGGGGUUCAAUUGGCAAGGCCAAGAUCUUGAGUUUUGCUGGGAGGAGGCGUGAAUAUAUGUAUUUGAGGCUACAGAGCUGAAUUCCUGACUCACCACACACAGGAGCUAAUAUUUAACCUGCUCUUUGUGUGUGUGAGAGAGAGAAAGAAAGAGGGCGUUCAUUGGAGGAGAAUCUUUGCCCCAGAGAAGCCAGGGGCUGCCCCAAAGAGAGAGGCAGGCUGGUGUAGUGGCUACAGCACUGGACUGGGACCAAAGAGACCAGGGUUCAAAUCCUCCCACUCAGCCAUGGAACACUCUGGGUGACUCUGUAAUUUGGCGGUUUAGAUGGGUGUGGGUGGCAGAGAGCGCUGUAUACCACCUUGAGAUCCUUGGAGGAAAAAGUGGGAUACAAAUAUAAUACAAAAAAAUACAAAAAGGGGGGGCGGGUAAGGGCAGACAGAAGCAGCCAUAGUGGAGAAUAUGGCUGUAGUUCAGCAGCAGAGAGCACCCGCUUGGCAUGCAGAAGGUUUCAGGUUCAACCCGACGGCAUCUCCAGGUAGGACUGGGAGGGAUAACCUGUCUGAUACGUAGAGGUAUCGCUGCUGCCACUCAGUGUAGACAAUAUUGAGGUCGGUGGACCAAAGGCAGCUCCCAUUGUUCAGUGAGGACUAGCGUCUUGGCUUUAUUUUAAGGAAAGAACCACUGCUCAGCAACAGAGCCUUGCAUGCAUAAGGUCCCAUGUUCAAUUUCCAAUGGUAUCUCUAGGUAGGACUUGGGGGGGGGACCCCCUGCCUGAAACCCUGCCAGUCAGUGUAGGCGAUAUUGAACUGGAUGGAGCAUCCCUCACCAAUAGAUGUAUAUGUGUGUGAGUGUGUGAUUGUUGCUGGCAUCCGCCUGUCUCCGCAGACAAUGGAGAAGCGCUCCUUUGGGGGUGAAGUCAAACUGCUGAAAGGUUAUACAGUGGUACCUCAGGUUACAUACGCUUCAGGUUACAUUCGCUUCAGGUUACAGGCUCCGCUAACCCAGAAAUAGUGCUUCAGGUUAAGAACUUUGCUCCAGGAUGAGAACAGAAAUCGUGCUCCAGCGGCGCGGCGGCAGCAGGAGGCCCCAUUAGCUAAAGUGGUGCUUCAGGUUAAGAACAGUUUCAGGUUAAGAACAGACCUCCGGAACGAAUUAAGUACUUAACCUGAGGUACCACUGUAGUGCCUGCUGUGGAGAGACAUGUCUUGUUGCAGCCGGGGCAGAUGAAGGCGUCCAGCUGCGCUGCUGCGGGUGCCCCAUGCUGUCUCUUCUCCCUUUGCUCCUCCCAGCGGUCAUUCCUCCUCCGGUCACUGCUGUGGCUGCAUAACCCGGCUGCCUGUCUCCAGGCCCUGCGGUUGCCUGCAAGGGAUUCCCACACCGCAGGGGCUGAUGCGCGCAGCCUUCCUUCCUUUCUUUCUUUUUGCCAAUAAUAUUUAUUAAUUUUCAUCAAUAGACAUAACAAAAGAAAAAAGAAAUAUACAACAACACAAUAAAAAGGUGAAAAAGAAGAAGAAAAAAUAACAGACUUAAAAUACAUAAACAGGAAAAAAGAAACUCAGUUAGUUAAUUAAAAUCCAUUUUCAUAAACAUUUUGCUUGACUUCCUCUAAUCUCCUCCAUCUGAAUUUCCUCUUAAUUUGAAUGUAGCAGUUUCCAAUAUCAUUAUUUCCUAAAACAAUAUUACAGUCGUAUUCCAAUUUCUUUACCUUUCUUAUAGUACAUUUUCUUAUUUAUAUAUUUAAGUCUAAUUUAAUCCUAGGCCUGAUUGGCUCUUUCAAGUGGUUACAUAUCUUUAAUAUUAGAAUAUUUGUUCAAAUAUUCUUUGAAUUUCUUCCAGCCUUCUUGGUAGUCCUCUUCUUUCUGAUCGCAGAUUCUCCCGGUGAGAUCAGCCAGCUCCAUAAAUUCCAUCAUUUUCAUCUGCCAUUCUUCUACUGUUGGUAAUUCUUGUGUUUUCCAUUUUCUGGCUAGUAAAAUCCUAGCAGCUCUUGUGGCAUACAAAAGUUCUUUCACAUCUUUUUUGGGCAAUUCAGUACCUACUAUCCCAAGGAGAAAGGCCUCUGGUUUCUUAAUAAAUGUAUAUUUCAUCAUUUUUUUUAAUUCAUUAUAAUUUUUUUCCCAGAAGUCCUUUACCUUGGAACAGGUCCACCACAUAUGAUAGAAGGUACCUUCUUUUUCUUUACAUGAUGCUUGCAGCCUUUCUGUUCUAAUGAAAUAAGCAAAUUUGACCCUGGCCCUGAGAACGGAGGAAGUGGUACGUGCACGACAGGUGGGUGGGCUGCCUGCCUGUGCAGGGCCUGAUAAGAGUCCCCGAGGCAGCGUCCCCGAUAAUAAGGACCCAUCGGUUAGUCACGUCUGCAAAACCACCCAUUUCCCCCUAUGUUUCUGGGAGGGAGGGAUGGAUGGCAUGGUGGCAGUGAUAAUCCUGAUAAGCGGCGGGUGGGGUUGGCGGAAAUCUCGUUUCACGUUCUUGGAAGCUGCCAAACAUCUGCCUCUCCGCAGGGCGGGAACCGCGCAAAACCGGACGGCAUGGAUUUUUGGAGAUCCCGGCUGCGGGACGCGGUAAGGCUGCAAUAUUGGCCACCCGGCUGGGUCUGUGGGCCGUGGCCUCCGUCCUGACUCCCCCUCUUUACCGACUCCCCAUUUCCUUCCUCCUCACCCCCUUGCCAGAGGAACAAGAAGCUGCCUCGGCGAUCCUACUCCAUCUACCGCAAGAUGCCCGAGGGCGACGGAGACCCCGAAGGACUGCAGAUGAAGGUGGUGGAGGCUGAGGGGCCCGGGACCACCCGGGGCGGCGAGAAGGCAGGAGACACGGCGCAGUGCCCGUGGAAGGAUCGCUGGAAAGCCCUGGUCUGCCUCGUUCUCGUGGGACUCCUGGUCUUCAUUGUGGGUGAGAGGAAUCGGGUCUGGACCCCAGAUCUGGCCACGGGGCUGAGCUCUGCCUGGGCUUCCCUUGUGCAGAGGCUCUGUGUCCCUAUUGUGAUUAUAAGGAUUUGUUAUAUAAAUAUAAAUAGUAAAAUACAGUGGUACCUUGUGUUAAGUACUUAAUUCGUUCCGGAGUUCUGUUCUUCACCUGAAACUGUUCUUAACCUGAAGCACCACUUUAGCUAAUGGGGCCUGCUGCUGCCGCUGGAGCACGAUUUCUGUUCUCAUCCUGAAGCAAAGUUCUUAACCUGAAGCACUAUUUCUGGGUUAGCAGAGUCUGUAACCUGAAGCAUAUUUAACUUGAAGCGUAUCUAACCUGAGGUACCACUGUAUUAGGAAUUAUAUAGUACCAUCCAUGGGUGCAUUACACAAAAGGGCAGGUGCAUCUCACUGGGAGCCAAGCUUCUCAUGCAGUUGUACCUCGGGUUACAGACACUUCAGGUUACAGACUUCGCUAACCCGGAAAUAGUACCUUGGGUUAAGAACUUUGCUUCAGGAUGAGAACAGAAAUCGUGCGGCAGCAGCAGGAGGCCCCAUUAGCUAAAGUGGUGCUUCAGGUUAAGAACAGUUUCAGAUUAAGAACGGACCUCUGGAACAAAUUAAGUUCUUAACCCGAGGUACCACUGUAUUUCACUGAAGAGUCAACAAGGAAGCUGUCUUAUACAUUUCAAGCACAUGUCUCCACAAAGAAGCCGGAAUACUGUAAUUUUACCCCAGACAGGGGUACAGUUCCCAGCACCGUUAACAAACUACAGUUCCCAGGAUUCUUUGGGGGAAGCCAUGUGAUUGAACGGUUGCUGGAAACCGUAAGAGAUAAGAGUUGCUCUUGUGUUCGAGUCCUGCUUGUGGGUUUCUUGUGGGGCCAUCUGGUGGGCCACUAGCCUGAUCUGUCAGGGCUCUUAUGAUGUUGUCAUGGUCCGGUUCACGGGCGAUCGAAGUCCUGGCUGGGGACGUCAGGACCGGGGGCAAGAUGGCGGGGUGGGUGCAGGAACGGGGGUCCAGAAGCCAGGAGUCAGGAAGCCAAGAGUCCGAGGGUCAGGAAGCAAGGAGUAACGAAGUCAGGGGUCCGAGGAUCAAGAAGCAGGGAGUCACAAAAUCAGGGGUCCGAGGAUCAAGAAGCAGGGAGUCACGAAAUCAGGGGUCCGAGGAUCAAGAAGCAGGGAGUCGCGAAAUCAGGGGUCCGAGGAUCAAGAAGCAGGGAGUCACGAAAUCAGGGGUCCGAGGAUCAAGAAGCAGGGAGUCACGAAAUCAGGGGUCCGAGGACCAAGAAGCAGGGAGUCACGAAAUCAGGGGUCCGAGGACCAAGAAGCAGGGAGUCACGAAAUCAGGGGUCCGGGGACCAAGAAGCAGGGAGUCUAGAAGCCAAGGUUCAAGGAUCGGGAAGCGAGCAGCCAAACGCAGCAAAGCAGGGAACGUGUUGCUGUGGCAAAGAGCCGAAGGCAAAUACUGACUUUAUAUCCCUUCCCGGCUCUUGCCACCAGGUGCUGUGAGUUACCUAUCGGCCUCACCUGUGUGGCCGCGCCUUGCCUCUUCAAAACAAACUUAGGAAGGCCCCAGUCCUGCAAAGUCCUAUUGGUCACAGGGCCUGGCUCCUGCACGCACUCCUGACAGAUGUCCUUAUGGUGUGUAUGCAUCCUGAAUCAUAAGAACAUAAGGAGAGCCUGCUGUAUCCGGCCAUGGACCAUCUGGUCCAGGAUCCCUUUGUCACAGCAGCCACAGAGGCCAAGAGUCUUCUCCCCUCCUGCAGUUUCCAGCAACUCCUAUUCAGAAGUAUCUCUGCCUCCAACUCUGGAGGCAGAACAUAACCAUCCUGCCUAGGAGACAUUGAUGGUCCUCUCCUCCUCCGUGAAUUUGUCUAAUCCUCUUUGAGAGCUAUUCUAGCCGUUGGCCACCACUGCCUCCUGUGGGAGGGAGUUCCACAGAUUAACCAUGUGCUGCCCAUCAGACCCACUGGGUCAGCCUUUCUCAACCUGCGGGUCCCCAGAUGUUGUUGAACUACAACUCCCACCACCCCUAGCUAGCAAGGCCAGAGCUCAGGGAUGAUGGGAGUUGUAGUCCAACAACAUCUGGGGACCCACAGGUUGAGAACUGUUGCACUGGGCCAUCUAGCCAGACACUGACUGGCAGCACCUCUGGAAGAAAUCAGAGGGAGGACUUCCUAUCAGCUGGGACCUUCUGCGAUCCAAGCAGCCGCUCUACCAGCUGAGCUACACAACCCUUCCUAAGGGGUGGGGUGGGGAAGUGAAGGAAGGAAGGCUAUGCAACUCCUUCUCCCCCAAGGUCCAAGUGGUCUCUCUGCCUCUGACUCCUCCAUAGACCCCACCCAUGGCUGGGUAGCUCUGCCCACCCACCACAAAUCCCACUCUACCUGGCAGUGGCUCCAGGUGGCCUUCCUCCCAAUUGCGGCCUUCAUGCCCUGAGCUCCACCCAGGUACAAAUCCCGCCCAGAGAUUCCUCUCCUGGCCAUUGAGCCCUUUGCACUCAGCUAUUAGACAGGCAUUCUGUUCCUUUCUGAGCCAAGAAGCCCAUGUCCUGGCCUGAUUGGACAGGUCUCUUCUCAUAUUCGUAUAUCCUCCUUGCAGGUUUUCCUCUGGGGCAUCUGGUCGGCCACUGUGAGAACAGGGUGCUCGACUAGGUUGGUUCCCUUUGGCCUGAUCCAGGAUUCCUAGAGAAAGAGCUCUCUCGCUCUCUCAUACGACUUAAACCCAGCAGGUUUAAGAAGAAGUCAGGGCAAGGGGAAGGAAGGCUUGGUGCAUGGUUAACCUAUGGAACUUACAGCCACAUGAAGCACUGCUGGCUUGGGUGCAUUUUGAAGAUAUGACCCCCAGUCAUAUCUGGGGGUCAACCACAUUUACCUUUGCUCUGAAUUUAUAGGCACAGGUCCCCAUCCAAGUGCUUCCCCCCUUCCACUUUCUCUGCAGAAACCUGUUCUUUACAGCUCAAUGGCGCAAACAGCAAUUCACAGAAAACCCGAAUUGCUGUUUGUUCCGAGUCAGAGUUAAAGAGUGGGUUUCCCUGGGGAAAGCAGUGGGGGGGGGGGAGCGCUUGGACACAGAAAGGUACAUGUGGAUGAGUCCUAACACAUCUAGUUUCUAAUAAGGCCUCCAGGUAUCCCUACAUUUUAGGCUAUGGGGAAACUUCCGGGUUUAAAUUUGGGUUUAAAUUUGGAUUUAAAUUUGGCCUUUUGCCCUGUGACCCUAUUAACCCUCUGCUUUAAAGCCUGACUGCCCCCCUCUGUCCUCUGCUUUCCUCAGCCUUCCUCCUGGGGUACGUCUUGUCCCGAGGGUCUUCCUGCAUGGUCUGCGGAGACUACCUGGCCGUGGUGAACGACGAGAGCCCCCCCGAGGCGGAAGACGGCCAGAGGGGAGCCCCGCUCUACUGGGCUGACUUGCGAGAGAUGUUCCAGAAGUACCUCAAUGAGGAGAAGAUUGAAGGGACCAUCAGGUGAGGUCCUUUCCCCUCACCCCAGAAUUGUGGGAAGGACGUGGAACAAACUGAUGGGGGUGUCGUGGGGCCACGGGACUCCAGGGACGACGGAGUUUCCAUCAGAAACAGGAGCAGGAAUUACUGUACCACCAUUUGCGUGUUUGCCUGAGUAGAGGAUCGGAAACCAUGCAGGCGAAUACAAGUGACAGCCGCUAUCGCUUUUUUUGUUCUUGGUGGUGGAUGUUACAUAGAUAGUUAUUUUCUGGGCUGUUUCUGACGUUUCCCUUCCACUGAAAUGCUUUGAAGUUAAUUGUGAAUCACACAAUUAAUUACAGUGGUACUUCGGGUUAAGAACUUAAUUCGUUUUGGAGGUCCAUUCUUAACCUGAAACCGUUCUUAACCUGAGGUACCACUUUAGCUUUCUUAACCUGAGGUACCACUUUAGCACGAUUUCUGUUCUCAUUCUGAGAUAAAGUUCUUAACCCCAAGUACUAUUUCUGGGUUAGCGGAGUCUGUAACCUGAAGCAUCUGUGACCUGAAGCGUCUGUAACCCGAGGUACCACUGUACAUUUGUUUCUGCUAUAACAUAGGUAAAGGUAAAGGUAAAGGACCCCUGGACGGUUAAGUACAGUCAAAGGCAACUAUGGGGUUGCGGCGAACAUCUCGCUUUCAGGCCGAAGGAGUCGGCGUUUGUCCACAGACAGCUUUCCGGGUCAUGUGGCCAGCAGGACUAAACCGCUUCUGGCGCAACGGGACACCGUGAUGGAAAACAGAGUGCACGGAAACGCUGUUUGCCUUCCUGCCACAGCGGUAUCUAUUUAUCUACUUGCACUGGUGUGCUUUCGAACUGCUAGGUUGGCAGGAGCUGGGACAGAGCAACAGGAUCUCACCCCGUCGCAGGGAUUCGAACCGCCGACCUUCUGAUCGGCAAGCCCAAGAGGCUCAGUGGUUUGGAGCACAGUGCCAUAUAGCAAGCUGAAUAACACAGUGUUACACGCCACCUCAGUCUCUGAGCUGUGAGAGACUGGGGGGAUUCCUUCAAGCGCUUAUCUAGGGUUUGGUUUCCUUGGAACGAAAGUCAUCAGAAACUAUGGUGUCCUUGGGAUAUGUUGUUUUAUUGACACAUAUAUACAACCUGAGCAUAGGGUGGAGGGGCUCACAGCAAGAAACCCCCUCAAAGAUCUCGCUUCUCCAUUCGUCGCAGCUCUGGGUCCAGCACAGAGCAGGCAGGUCUCUGGGUCGCCAGCUUCCAGCCUGCUUCCAAACUUAACAAACUACAGUCCCCAGGAUUCUUUUGGGGGAAGCCAUGUGCUUUAAAUGUAUGGUUUGGACGCAGCCUAGGUCCCUGUCUCUGGGUUCCCGAGCCUCUUGAGCUUGUUGAUUGUAAGGUCAGCGGUUCGAAUCCCCGCGACGGGGUGAGCUCCUGUUGCUCGGUCCCUGCUCCUGCCAACCUAGCAGUUCGAAAGCACAUCAAAGUGCAAGUAGAUAAAUAAGUACUACUGUGACGGGAAGGUAAAUGGCGUUUCUGUGCGCUCUGGCUUCCAUCACAGUCCUCCGUGCACCAGAAGCGGUUUAGUCAUGCUGGCCACAUAACCUGGAAAUCUGUCUGCAGACAAACUGCCUGAAAGUAGAGAUGAAUGUCACACGCCAUAGUCAAGUUUGGCUGUCUAGGGGUCCUUUACCUUUACCUUUACCUAAGGAUUUGGAGAAGGGCAGCUCAAAUGAUCAAGGGGAUGGUAUCACCCUGCUGUGAAGACAGGUUGCACCAUUUUGGAAUAUUAUUAUUAUUAUUAUUAUUAUUAUUAUUAUUAUUUUACCCUGCCCAUCCCCAGCCACUCUGGAUAGAUUACAGCACAUAUAAAAUACAGUAAAACUUCAAACAUUACAAAACCUCCAGAUACAGGGCUGCCUCCAGACAUCUUCUGAAAGUCAUUUUAGCUUAGGGAAAAGGCGUGUAGGAAGCGAGGCGAUAGAAGUUUACGUAUAACAUAAUGCCUGGCAGGGAGAAAGCAGAGAGAGAAACUCUUUCCUUCCUCUCGUAACCCCAGAACUCAUGAACAACCCCUGAAGCUGAAUGUUGGGAGAUUCCGGAUAGAUAAAAGAAAGUCCUUGUUCACACAGCGCAGAACAAGGAAUAUCAGGGGCAGCAACGCUCCUGACUACCAGUUGCUGGAAACCACAGGAGGGGAGAGUGUCGGUCUUGCGUUCGAAUCCUGAUUGCGGGUUUCCCACAGACGCCUGGCCACUGUCAAGACAGGAUUCUGGGCUUGAUGGGCCACUGGCUCUGCUCUUAUGGAACAUUUCUCUCCCUUCUCUCUGCGCAGAAUGAUGAGCGAAUCCCCGCACCCGCCCGGCUCCCCUCGCCUGGACGCCCUCUCCCGCCACGUCCUCAGUGCCUUCGGCUCCUACGGCCUGGACCACAGCUGGACCGACAGCCAUUAUGUGGGGCUGCAGCGCCCUGACCGGUCAGUGAAGGGCCCUGGGGCGGGGUUGUUUGGCAGGGGCAGCUCUUUCAGCACCCUCUGUCCUUCUCCCGCAGUCUGCGCCCCAAUUUCCUGCAGUGGGUGGACACAAAUGGGGUCGUGGUGGAGAAACUGCCGUUGGAAGACCCAGAGGUCUACUGCCCCUACAGCGCUUCCGGCACCGUCACGGUACAAUCAUUUCUUUAUUAUUUAUUGCAUUUAUACCUCACCUUUUCCUCCAAUGGGCUCAAGGUGGCGUGUACAUAAUCUCCCCCUUCCUCAUUUAAUCCCCACAACAACCGUGUAGGGUAGGUUAGGCUGAGAGGCAGUGAUUCAUCCAAGGGGAUUUGAACCCUGGUCUCUCCCAGGUCCUAGUCUGACGCUCUAACCCAUGGGUAGGCAAACUAAGGCCCGGGGGCCGGAUCCAGCCCAAACUCCAUCUAAAUCCGGCCCGUGGACGGCCUGGGAAUCAGCAUGUUUUUACAUGAGUAGAAUGUGUGCUUUUAUUUAAAAUGCAUCUCUGGGUUAUUUGUGAGGCAUAGGAAUUUGUUCAUUCCCCCCCACAAAAAAAAAUAUAGUCCGGCCCCCCACAAGGUCUGAGGGACAGUGGACCGGCCCCCUGCUGAAAAAGUUUGCAGACCCCUGCUCUAACCCCUGUUCAACACUGGUCUUCCCAGUUGGUAACACUUUUUCUCUGCCUGAGAUAGAUGAAGGAGACAGGGCAGGUGGAUAGUUUUAAUUCUGUUUCAAACAGCAACCCAGAAUAUCAAUACGCCUGUCAAAAAAGAUGCUUGCUCUUAAAAGGGAAGGAAGUUAAAAAAUACAAACAUUUGGGGUUUUUAAAAAAAUAUUUAUACGUUGCGACCUCCAACCAAUUUAAGAACAUAAGAACGUAGAAAACGCCCUGCAGGAUGAGACCAAUAGCCCCUCUAGUCCACCUAGCCCAGCCUCCUGUUCUCACACCGUUCCAUAGUUUUACUCUGCGCUGUGUGGAGAACAACUUUGGCUGUGUCCCACCAGCCAGGAGGGAACCAAUCUGGCUUCUCUAGGGAGGGUGUUCCAAAGUUGUCUGGCAGCAGCCACCACCGAGAAGGCCCUACCCCCGCCAAGCGGGUCUGUGCGGGUGGCAGGACUGAGAGAAGGGCUUCCCCAGAAGAUCUCAGGGCAGGUUCAUAGGGGAGGAUAUGGCCCUUUGGACAAGCUGUGCCCCAGCCUUUCCUUUCCACCCCGCUGUCUGUCUGCAGGGGGGCCUGGUCUUCGCCAACUAUGGGCGCCGGGAGGACUUUGCGGCGCUGAAGCAGCACGGAGUGAACCCCCAAGGCCACCUCGUCAUCGUCCGGAUCGGGGAGAUCAGCUAUGCCGAGAAGGUGAGGCUGGGCUCCUGAAUGUGACCCUCUGCAAAAGGGUUGAGGCCAUGGGCAGGGAGUAUCAUCUGCGGCCCUCCAGAUCUGCUUGGACUACAGUUCCCGCAGCCCAAGCAGGCAGCAUGGCCAAUAUUCCAAGAUGGCAGGAGUCUGAUCCCAGAAACCUUGGUGGGGGGCCACCUGGAAACACCAGAUGGUCCUCCAGAUUGAAGGGCAAGAAGGGUGGAUGGGGAGACAGGAUUCAUGAGGAGUAUAAUCAUGGAAUUGUAGAGUUGGAAAAGGCCAUCUAAUUGAACCCACUGGAAUGCACAGCUGAAGAAUCCCUGACAGAUGGCCAUCUGACCUCGGUUGAAAAACCUCUAAUGAAGGCCUGCAUAGUUAAAGCUCUGGUUUUCCCAGUUGUGAUGUAUGGAAGUGAGAGCUGGACCAUCAAGAAGGCUGAUCACCGAAGAAUGGAUGCUUUUGAAUUCUGGUGCUGGAGGAGACUCUUGAGAGUUCCAUGGACUGCAAGAAGAUCAAACCUCUCCAUUCUGAAGGAAAUCAGCCCUGAGUGCUCACUGGAAGGACAGAUCCUGAAGCUGAGGCUCCAAGACCUGGGCCUCCUCAUGAGAAGAGAAGACUCCCUGGAAAAGACCCUGAUGCUGGGAAAGAUGGAGGGCAGAAGGAGAAGGGGACGAUGGAGGACGAGAUGGUGGGACAGUGUUCUUGAUGCUACCAGCAUGAGUUUGACGAAACUGCGGGAGGCAGUGGAAGACAGGAGGGCCUGGCGUGCUCUGGCCCAGGGGGCCACGAAGAGGCGGACACAACUAAACGACUCAACAACAACAAUGAAGGGGAGUCCACCAUCUUCUGAGAGAGUCUGUUCCCGAUAUUGAGCCGGAAUCGUCUCUCUUGCCUUUUGAAUCCAUUAGUUCAGGCCCUGCGCUCCAGAGCAACAGAAAGCAAGCUUGCUCCAUAUUCUGUGGGACAGCCCCUUAGAUACCUGAAGAUGGCAAUCCUAUCAUCUCUCAGUCUCCUCUGUUCCAGGCUAAGAAUCCCCAACUCCCUCAACCGUUCCUCAUCAGGCUUGGUUUCGAGACCCUUGAUCAUCUUGGUCGCCCUCCUCUGCACACCUUCCUGCUUGUAGGAUAGACCUUUGUGGAACUGAUGGAAGGGGAGGUAUUGAGCGCUGAUGGAUACAAUGGAAGGUGCAGUUUCCCUAAAUAUUAACGCGGCUGUCAAAAAAGAUGGCUGCCUUGAAGGGAAAGGAAAUGAUGGCGCCGUUGGGGGGGCUUGGGAGAGGUGAAUCAGCGCAACGUGGUCUGGGGGGCGUGGGCAUCUCUUUUCUUCGAUGGUCGAGAGGGAUUGUUGUGUGAGAAAUCAAAGAGGCGCCCAUUGUUCUGGAGCUCCCAGCUUCUCUUUGUCCCAGGUGGCCAACGCGGAGGCUUCGCAAGCCAAGGGAGUUCUCAUCUACCCGGACCCCGCUGAUGUCCCACAAGACCCCCGCAAGCUGGGGCUGUCCCCAAACACAAGCAUUUACGGGCAUGUGAGUACAGCCUUCACUGGGACAGAGAGAGAGAGAGAGAGAGAGAGAGAGAGAGAGAGAGGGAGCUGGGUUGGGGGCUUAUGUAGAGAGAGACCCUACCUGUGGUUCUGGACCAUCUUUCCCAGCCAGGAAGCCCUAAAACAGCCCUUUGUUGUUGUUCUUUUAAAUGCUUUUUAUUGGUGUUUCAUUUAAUACAAACAAACAAAAUACAAUAAAAUUCAACAAUCAUUUACCCACAUUCUUUCCACACACUCUGCUGAGCAUUGACUUCCUUCCCUCCCUUCAACAGGUUUUCUUAUGUCUGUUACUUUCCCACAGUUUCUUAUUGUAUCCCAUCCUAUCUACACCGUAAGAUUUAUUUCAGUCCUGCCAGAGUCUUCAAAUUUCUACAUUAUUUCUAUACAGUGGUGCCUCGCAAGACGAAAUUAAUCCGUUCCGCGAGAGUCUUCGUCUAGCGGUUUUUUCGUCUUGCGAAGCAAUCCUAUUAGCGGCUUAACGGAUUAGCGCUAUUAGCGGUUUAGCGGCUAUUAAAGGCUUAAAGUCUUAGGGGAUUAGCUGCUAAAAGGCUAUUAAAGGCUAUUAAAGGCUUAGCGGAUUAGAUAAAGGGGGGGGAAAGCGAAAAAAAAAUCUCAAGACUCGCAAGACAUUUUCGUCUUGCGAAGCAAGCCCAUAGGGAAAUUCGUCCUGCGAAGCAACUCAAAAACGGAAAACCCUUUCGUCUAGCGGGUUUUCCGUCUUGCGAGGCAUUCGUCUUGCGGGGCACCACUGUACUCCAUAAAUGUACUCCAAUCUUUUUGGAAUUUUGCUUCCUCCUGAUUUCGGAUUCUACAGGUCAGUUUUGCAAAACUAAAACAGCCCUUCGAAAGCAGCAGCCCUCUCCCAUCGCUGCUCCCCAGCAGCUAGGAUACUAGGGAUAGACUGCUCCUCAUUGUGAAGGCUCCCCUUCAGUGUUCCCAAUCCUUCUCUCGCACUCGCAGGUCCACAUGGGGGCCGGAGACCCCUACAGCCCCGGCUUCCCUUCAUUCAACCACACCCAGUUCCCUCCAAUUCAGUCCUCGGGACUCCCCUCCAUCCCCGCACACCCGGUCAGCGCCAACGUGGCCGCCCGCCUGCUCAGGUGAGUUGGACGGAGGGUUCCUUGAGGGGUGGGGUGCGAUGGGAAGCAAAUUGGAGGACAUGGCUGGGGAGGGGGUGAAUGCAGUCCUCUGGGGCCUCUCUACCUGGCCCUCGGGCCACGCCCCUAGACCCAGGCCACGCCCCUUCCCCAGAUUUGCCCCGCCCCCAGCUCAAGUGCUUUUGCUGUGAACAUGCCAUGUUUCCUUCCUAGGUGAAGGUUGGAAUGGAGUGUGGGUGUAAAGGGUUGGGGACAAAGCAAUAUUUGGCAUGGAGUGUAUGGGGCAUUAUAGGGACGCGGGUGGCGCUGUGGGUUAAACCACAGAGCCUAGGACUUGCCGAUCAGAAGGUCGGCGUUUCGAAUCCCUGCGACGGGGUGAGCUCCCGUUGCUCGGUCCCUGCUCCUGCCAACCUAGCAGUUUGAAAGCACCUCAAAGUGCAAGUAGAUCAAUAGGUACCGCUCCGGCGGGAAGGUAAACGGCGUUUCCGUGCACUGCUCUGGUUCGCCAGAAGCGGCUUAGCCAUGCUGGCCACAGGACCCGGAAGCUGUACGUCGGCCAAUAAAGCGAGAUGAGCGCCACAACCCCAGACUGGACCUAAUGGUCAGGGGUCCCUUUACCUUUUUAUAUGGGGCAUUAGGGGAGCGGGCGCUACCUCUGGUGAGGGACAUGUCAUGCUCCUUCUGGGGUAGUCUGGCCAUCUGCCAGAGAUUCCUUAGCUGGGAUUCCUGCAUUGCAGCGGGUUGGACUGGAUGGCCCCUGGGGGUCCCUUCGAACGCUACAAUCCUGAUUCUGUGAUGGUCUCCGGAAUCAGCCUGGGGUCCCGCAGGGCGCAGCAUGAGCAGGGGGAGGUCAGGCGGCCUGUGGAUUCACAAGGGUUCUCCUCGCAGGCAGCUGACAGGCCCCACUGCCCCGCAAACCUGGAAGGGCCGUCUUCCCGAUGUCCCAUACCGGCUCGGACCCGGGGGCCCCGACUUCCAGCUGCAGCUGGGAGUUCAGAACCAGAAGCAAUCCGUGAUGAUCAACAACAUCUUCGGGUGCAUCGAGGGUAGAUUCGAACCCGGUAUGUGGUUCCCCGGGCAAGAAUUGUGCGGGUGGUGGGGGGUCGAGCGCAUGGGUGUUAAGGCGUAGGGUGCUCAGAACUCCCGUGUUUUCCGAAAGGGGAAACGGUAUUUGGGGAGGGUGAACUGCGGAUCUCACGCGAAGGGAGCUUUUCCUUUUCACAUCCAUCCAUGUUGUUAUGUACUGAGUUGAAUAGGAUCCAAUAGGCAGCAGUCUGAUUGGUCCUAGAAGAAUAGGAUUCAGAAUGCAGCAGUCUGAUUGGUCCUAGAAGAAUAGGAUCCAGAAUGCAGCAGUCUGAUUGGUCCUAGAACAAUGCAGCACUUUGAUUGGUCCGCAGGAGCCACCCAAUCCAGCUCCAGGUGGAAGUGAAUCCGCAACCUGAUUGGCCUACAGGAGAAUCCCAGAAUUAGCCAAUCACGUGGGGCCCAUUGUGUAAAUAAUGUAUAUAAAGCAGAUAUUUUGGGGGAACUUCCAUUCCCCACUACUAUGAACUGAAUAAAGAGCAUGAAAUCCACCCUCGACUCCGAGUAUAUUUCACAUGCCUUGUUUUGCUAGAUCAUUAUGUCAUCGUGGGGGCCCAGCGGGAUUCCCUGGGUCCGGGGGCCGCCCGUUCCGGAGUGGGCACAGCCCUCCUGCUGGAGCUGGCCCGCACUUUCACAGCGAUGGUGAGAAACGGUGAGUAGGACGGCUGCAGGAGGGAGGAGCGGUAAUGAGAAGUGCAUGGAGUAGCCAUGUGGCUGUAGGAAAAGAUGGCUGCCUUGAGGGGUGAAAGAAGAUACAUGGCUUUGAGGAAGGAGUCUAUGGAACUCCCUGCCUAUUGAAAUCAGGCAAGCGCCUUCGCUGGGUUCUUUUUGGCUCCUGCUAGAAACAUUUUUGUUUAGACAAGCCCACCUAGACAUGUAGGAUGUCAAUAUGUGAUUUGAGUCAAUGUCUUGUUGUUGUUUUAGUGUUUUUAAUAUUAACUUGUAAGAUAUGGAUUUGGGGUUUUUUGUUUUUGUUGUUGCUUUCUUUAGUUUUCGAAUGUUGAUUUUUGUGUGUUGUUAUUUUUAGAUAUCUUUCGUGUUGCUGUUGUGUGGAAAAUACUAAUAAAAUUUAUUAAAAUAAAACAAAAUAUGUGAUUUGAUCUCCUGGUACGCCCCACGGAGGACCUUAUGGUCCACAAAUAAUAACACUUUGGAGAUCCCGGGCCUCAGAGAGAUUAGGCUGGCCUUGACCAGGGCCAGGGCCUUUUCAGUCCUGGCCCCGGCUGGUGGAACGCUCUGCCACAAGAGAUCAGGGCCCUGCGGGAUUUGACAUCUUUCCACAGGGCCUGCAAGACGGAGCUGUUCUGCCAGGCCUUUGGUCAGGGCUCAGCCUGACUCCCCUUCUCUUUUUGUAUAAGAAUUAAUAUGAAAGAGGCCUCCCAGCCUUCUCACAGGCCCAUAUAAGAUUAGCGUAAACAGUUGGGCCGAUGAGCACUUACUGUUCCCAACCCUAACCCUGCGGAAAACCAUCUAAUUAGAUUUUAAUUUGAUUUUGACCUGUGUUUAGGAGGUAAUUUAAUUAUUGUUUGAUUUUAUACUAAUUGUAAUGGUUCUAGGGGUUGCUCAUGCGUAAGCCGGUGCAAACACCCGGCUGGGUUGCCUGAGUGAACCUUUUCUGUCCGGACAGCCACUCACCCGUGGCUGUCUCAAUCGCUGGCAGAAUCCGUCAGUGGGCGUUUCUUAAACUUCUUCCAGCAAAGAAGCUCUUUGACGCCUAGUCUCCUCCUACUCUCUCUGCGCGAAAGCCUUCUGCGCAAGGAGGGCGUGGGCAGCGGAGGGCCCCUACUCUCCCCGCUGGUCCCCGGCAAGGAGUCAUGGGACCGCCUCGCCGCUUCCCCCAUCUGCCCCCCUUCUCCACUGGUGCUACGCUGAUUCUCUUCCCCAGAAGAUGGGCUGCCUCUCCCAAUCCCGGGACGCUCUCCGGAAUCCCUCUGGAUUUUGCUCUCUCCCCCCGGCACUGAUGGCAGUUCCCUGACACUAAUGUUAUAUAUUUUAUGUCAGUCGCUCUGAGCCCGACUUCGGCUGGGGAGGGCAGGAUAUAAAUAAAAGUUUAUUAUUAUUAUUUAUUAUUGCUGCUUUCAUCUUUUGAACGUUUCCAAGAGUUAUCUUUCCUGUUUUUACCGAUAAUUCUAUUGUGGUUUUUAAAAAUUAUUUAUUUGGUUUUUCAGAUUAAAAUUUUACAUUCACGUAUCCAACAUACAACAUAAAAACAAGAUUCCAAGGAAUCUCUUGGCCUUCCCUCCUCCCCUUUGUGGGUCCUAUUGUUAAUCAUUUCCUCCUGCAUCUUUUAGAAGAAUCCAGAUCUUUUACCUCUCCAUUGUAUCCAAAAUUCACCACUAAACUCCAAGUGAUAUUCCAAUCCUACUAACGAUUUUAACUGUUUACAAUGGUCUUUAAGAUAAGUUAUAGAUUUCCCCCAUUCCUUAUUAACAUUUUGGCCUUCCUGAUUUGUGAUUCUUCCUGCCAUUUUAGCCAUUUCGGCAUAAUCCAUCUACCGUAUUUUUUGCUCUAUAAGACUCACUUUUUCCCUCCUAAAAAGUAAGGGGAAAUGUGUGUGCAUCUUAUGGGGCGAAUGCAGGCUGCGCAGCUAUCCCAGAAACCAGAACAGCAAGAGGGAUCGCUGCUGUCAGUGCGCAGCGAUCCCUCUUGCUGUUCUGGCUUCUGAGAUUCAGAAUAUAUUUUUUUCUUGUUUCCCUCCUCCAAAACUAGGUGCGUCUUGUGGUCUGGUGCGUCUUAUAGAACGAAAAAUACGGUACUUAAUCUGCCCUUCUUCUCUGGUCAGGACUUUAUCUUCUUUCCAUCUCUGGGCCAAUAACACCCGCGCAGCCGUGGUCGCAUAAAUAAAUGAUAACUUUAUUGUUUUAACCCACUUUGAGCGUUGUUGCUGUGGUUGUUUUACAAUCAAGCGGCGUAUGGACUUUAUGAAACAAACAGUAAGUGAAUCUCCAUCCCUGUUCUUCCUCAACCACUUUAGGAUUCCAGCUCCGGAGAAGUUUGCUCUUUGCCAGUUGGGAUGCUGGCGAUUUCGGCAGCGUGGGCUCCACCGAGUGGCUUGAGGUGAGCAGGACACAUGAAUGAACUGGGGCUUUUAAACAGAAAAGGGGGUGCAGGCACCUGGGGUGGGGUUUCGGGGGUUGGAGGGCGGAAUUGGAUGGAUUUCCCCCCAAAAUUGAUUUUUGAAUCCUGAAUUUAUUGUUAUUCACGUUUUACACUGUAUUUUAUGCUGUUUUUUGUUGCAUCAAUUAAGUGUUUUAAAUUUGUUGCUAGCCGCCCUGAGCCCGGUUUUCUGAACCUGGAAGGGCAGGGUAUAAAUAAAAAAUUAUUAUUAUUAUUCAGAAAUCUUGCACAUAGCACACUGCAAUGGAACGUGGCUGGAAUAAAGGUCCAAGAAUUCACAUUUUUAAAAUUCUGGGAAGCUUUUCCUUUUGAGUUUGGAGAAGGGGGGCACAUCUCUCAGCUGGGUUCAGCCAGACUUUAUUUUGUGCUGUGCUUUCGAGGCUCCAAAUCCAGCAGUAAAAUGCACAUUUUCCCCAGGGAAAGUGACAAAAAAAGAAAAAAAGCACUUUGAAUGGGAGCUUUAAAACCCGGACCUUUGGCUAGAAAUGCAGCGUGAAAGGAAGUGAGACAAGUCCCCCACCCCACCCCACCCCCAUCUCCCCUUCCCAACCCAGUUUAGGGGAGGGCUCCAAUGUCCCAGCUAAGAUCCCUUCCUGCCAUAGAAGGAAGAGUGGCAAGCAAUAAUAAUAAUAAUAAUAAUAAUUUUUUAUUUAUAUCCCGCCCUCCCCAGCCGAAGCCGGGCUCAGGGUGGCUAACAACAAUAAAAUAAUACAACAUUCUAAAAUCAUUUCAGUAUAAAAUUAAUUCAGAUCAAAUUGAUGGCAACCAUUGGGUAGAGUUCUGUGAAGAUUGCCAAAGGAGGGAGUCAGGCUGUGCUUUGGCCAAAGGCUUGCUGGAACAGCUCCGUCUUGCAGGCCCUGCGGAAAGAUGUCAAGUCCCGCAGGGCCCUGGUCUCUUGUGGUAGAGCGUUCCACCAAGUCGGGGCCACAGCCGAAAAAGCUCUAGCUCUGGUUUAGGCCAGCCUAACUUCUCUGUGGCCUGGGACCUCCAAGAUGUUUUUGUUUGAAGACCGUAAGGUCCUCCGUGGGACAUACCAGGAAAGGCAGUCCAGUACGUACGAGGGUCCUAGGCCAUAUAGGGCUUUAAAAGUUAAAACCAGCACCUUGAACCCGACCCUGUACCCCACCGGGAGCCAGUGCAGCUGGUAUAGCACCGGGUGAAUGUGAUCCCGUGGCAAGGACCCCGUAAGGAGUCUCGCCGCGGCAUUCUGCACCCGCUGGAGUUUCUGGGUCAGUCUCAAGGGCAGCCCCACGUAGAGUGAGUUACAAUAAUCCGGUUUGGAGGUGACCGUCGCGUGGAUCACAGUGGCCAGGUCAGGGCGAGAGAGGUGAGGAGCCAACUGCUUAGCUUGGCGGAGAUGGAAACAUGCCGCCUUUGUUGUAGCUGCAAUCUGCGCCUCCAUGGAGAGGGAGGUGUCAAAGACAUUUUUCACAGAAUCAUAGAGUUGGAAGGCGACCCCCCCCUCCCCAGUGCCUUGUCCCUCUUGCGGCUGAGUGGUCUUAUUCACAAGUCCCUCCCAGCCCAGCCCACCUUCUGUUAAAUCCUGCUCCUUUCUUUCCCAGGGCUAUCUGACGAUGCUGCACCUUAAGGCCGCUGCCUAUAUCAGCCUGGACAACGUGGUCCUGGGUGAGUGGGGAAAGGAGGGGGCGUUAUGGGAAGGAAUCCAGCAACAUCCGUAACACCAUUAUACAAGUCCAUGGCGCGUUUGGAAUAACUGUGUACAGGUCACCUCACCUUAAAAGGGAUAUUGCAGAGUCGGGAGAAGUUCAGAAAAGGGCAACCAAAACAGUCAAGGGCCGGGGUAGGCAAACUAGGGCCCAGGGGAUGGAUCCGGCCCAAUUGCCUUCUCAAUCCGGCCUGCGGACGGUCCGGGAAUCAGCGUGUUUUUACAUGAGUAGAAUGUGUGCUUUUAUUUCAAAUGCAUCUCUGGGUUAUUUGUGGGGCCUGCCUGGUGUUUUCACAGGAGUAGAAUGUGCGCUUUUAUUUCAAAUGCAUCUCUGGGUUAUUUGUGGGGCCUGCCUGGUGUUUUCACACGAGUAGAAUGUGCACUUUUAUUUAAAAUGCAUCUCUGGGUUAUUUGUGGGGCAUAGGAAUUUGUUCAUUUUUUCCUUCAAAAUAUAGUCCGGCCCCCCACGUGGUCUGAGGGGCGGUGGACCAGCCCACGGCUGAAAAAGGUUGCUGACCCCUGGUCAAGGGGAUGGGAAAAGUCCCUCGUGAGGAAAUAUUGCAGCGUUUGGGACUUUUCUCUAAACGAGACCAUUGAGGUCCAUCUAAACGAGAUCACUGACUGAGGCCCAUCUAGCUCAGUAAUGCCUACUCAGACUGGCAGCAGCGACUCUCCAGGGUUUGAGGCAGGGCUUUGCUACCUGGAGACGCCAACCUUGGACUGAGCCUGGGCAGGAGCUGCUGCUGAGCUACGAAGGAGCAGAGAGGAUCUGGCCUUUUGCAAGGGGGCAUUUGAAGAAAGGAGAAGGGGGCUGGGGAGAUAAGCGGGGCAGAGAUGUGGGGAGGAGAGUCUUGAUGCCGGUGCUCAGCCUCUGUCUUCUCUCCCACCCUCCAGGAGACGACAAAUUCUUCGCCAAGACCAGCCCGGCACUUGUCGGCCUCAUCGAAAGCAUCAUUAAGCAGGUAAGCCCAGCUCCCCCCACCCUGCCAGGACCCUGGGGUCUGAAGCAGCUGGAUCUGGAGGGAGGGGGCUCCAGGGUGGGGGGCAAGACGAGGAGGGGGGCACGGCAGAUGAGUUAUGGGGUGCCUGGGAUGGGAAGGUGGUAGGGAGCCUAGACACCUAGGUUCAAGAUUUAUAAAGUAACAUGGUGAACAUCCAGUGGAGUUGAGCGUUGGAAGGUUCAGGGCAGGUAAAAGGAAGUCUUUCUGCGAGAUUAAUUGGAAGUCAGUUUUAAAUUUCUUCUCUAUAAGUUUUAUAAUUGUGUUCAGUAUCAGGAGCAUAUAUGAUGAUAAUUAUAUUAAUCUUCUUGCAUCUUAUAGUGUGGCGGUUUGUUUGAUUUUUCUGUUAUUUGUUUAAUUGUAUGUUUGUUUACUUGUAUGUACAUCUGUUUUCUCAUAAAUGUAUUUAUUUUAAAUUAAUAAAGAUGCAUUUUUAAAAAAGGAAGUCCUUCUGCAUGCAGCACAGAGUUAGACAGUGGAACUCCCUCCCACAGGAUUUGAAAGAGGAUUGGGCAAAUGCAUGGAGGAGGAGAGGGCUAGCAAUGGCUACUAGCCAGAAUGGCUGUGCUGUGCUCUGCCUUUAAGGACGCGAUGCUUCUGAAUCCCAGUUGCUGGAAACCACAAGAGAGAAGAGGUCUCUUGUGCUUGGAUCCUGUCUGCAGGCUUCCCAUAAAGGGCACCUGGCUGGCCCUGUGAGAACAGGAUGCUGGGCUGGCUGAGCUGUUGGCCUGAUCCAGCAGGGCUUAUCUUACGUUCUUAGCUACCAUAUUUUUCACUCCGUAAGAUGCACUUUUUUCUUCCUAAAAAGUAAGGGGAAGUGUCUGUGCGUCUUACGGAGCGGAUGCGUGGUCCCUGGAGCCAAAUUGCCCAGGGGCAAAAAAGCAGAUCAUGCUCUUUUUUUAGAAAGAGGGAAGUGAGUGUUGAAAGGAAGCAGCUGAUUGGAAAGCGAUCGGGGAGGGAGAUAAGGGACGCUAGAGAUAAAGGAGGCUGCCUGGGAGGGGGGAGGUAAAGGCAGCAAACUUGCAAAGGGGGGGAAACAGGAAGACCAAAGCAAUAAGGAGAGAAAUUAGAAGAAAAGGAGGAGCAAAAAACUGCUCCAUCUAAGGAAAAGACACUAAGGCAAACCAGAGGGAAGGGAGUGUUGAAAGGAAACAGCUGAUCGGUGGGAUCGGGAGGGAGAUAAGGGAGGCUAGCGAUAAAGGAGGCUGCCUGGGAGGGGGGAGGUAAAAGCCCAUGGAUCCUCAGGAUUUUUACACUGGGUCACCCCAAAUUCACCAUCCGAUCACAUGUCUGUGGCCACAGCAUGAACCACAAAAAUCAUACAUCCACUGUUUCGUUCAGAAUAUCCCCCCCCCCCCUUGUUUUCCUCUAAAAACUAGGUGCGUCUUAUGGAGCGAAAAAUACGGUAGUUUUCUAAGUUACAGGUUCGGAGGGAGGCAGGGUUGACCCUUUGCCUCCUGGUCUGUUUCUCUCUCUUCUGCAGGUGGACAGUCCCAGCCGCAGUGGGCAAAGCAUCUUCGGCCAGGUGACCGAACAGGGUCAGCGCUGGGAGACAGAGGUGUAAGAGCUCACAGUCUUGGUCUUUGACUUCCCCUUCCAACCCUUCUUGCUAUUUAUUUAUUUACUUACUUAUUGCAUUGAUACCUCACAUUUUCCUCCACGGUGCUCAAGGUGGCUUAUGUCAUGUAAUCCUCACAAAAACCCUGUAAGGUAGGUCAAGCUGAGGGUGAGGGAUUGGCCCCUUAGGUCACACUCGGUGAGCUUCAUAGCCUAGAGGGGGAAUUCGAACCCGGGUCUGCCCCUCCGGCUGCUCCUCUGAGGUUCUUCUCAGCUGAGCCGGGGCUGAGCCCUGAUAUCUGUCUCAACGGUUGGGUCUAUGUUAUGUACUGAGUUGAAUAGGAUCCAAAAGGCAGCAGUCUGAUUGGUCGUAGAACAAUAGGAUUCAGAAUGCAGACGUCUGAUUGGUCGUAGAACAAUAGGGUCCAGAAUGCAGCAGUCUGAUUGGUCCUAGAACAAUAGGAUUCAGAAUGCAGCAGUCUGAUUGGUCCACAGGAACCACCCAAUCCAGCUCCAGGUGGAAGUGAAUCCGCAACCUGAUUGGCCUACAGGUGAAUCCCAGAAUUAGCCAAUCAUGUGGGGCUCAUUGUGUAAACAAUGUAUAUAAAGCAGACAUUCUGGGGGAACUUCCAUUCCUCCUCACCACUAUGAACUGAAUAAAGAGCAUGAAAUCCACACUCGACUCGGAGUAUAUUUCAGUCUAGCAUCUAGAAAGCUGCAAGUAAUGAUUAUUUUAAAAGAGAAAGUUAGUGCCUCUGAGCAUAUACCGAAUAAACGAACCCACCCAACCCUACCACCAAGUUUUGACUUUGUAUGAGCCACGCUGAGAGUCGAAUAACAACGUGGCUGUCAAAAAAAAGAUGGCUGCCUUAAAACAGGAUGGGAACAAAUGCACAAAGGGGUACUACAUCGCCAUACAAUAUACCGUAUCCCUUUAUUUCCCUUCUACUCUUAUUUACUCUUUUAACAGCUUUAUUAUUAUGCUCUCCUUUAUGUCAGAAUCCGCCCCCUUCCCAUGGACAGCAGCGCCUUCGCCUUCACCUCCUUUGGGGGGGUCCCUGCUGUGGAAUUCUCCUUCGCCGAGGUGAGAGCCCCAACCCGUUUUGUCUCAGUCCAGCGUUCAUCUUAGUGGGGAGGAACAAUUGGCUGCUUGGGAACUUGGAGGGAACACCUUGGUGUGGAAGGAAAUGCCGAGCAUUACAGUAAUCCCUUUUCAUACUCACGGAAACCCAAUGAAUCUGAAUGUUGGAAGAUUCGGGACAGAUAAAAGAAUCUUCAGAAAAGUUACGGGAUUUCAGGAGGAAAUGCCGAUUGGAAACGAACCCCCAAAAUGUCCACAGUUACAAACAGCAUUGAAAACAAGAGUUGUGGUCUAACUGCCCCAUUAACAUAAUGAACACAAGUUGGCAUGAUUGCGGAAUAAAAAGGAUCUCUAAAAAUAGGGAGGCGAGGUGAUAUGGAACAUGGUUCUUCUUAUUCCUUAAUGCCACUGAGUGCACAUUUGCAAGAGAAAUCUCGCCACCCUCUUAUGCCCCUAUAGCAGCGGUUCUCAACCUGUGGGUCCCCAGAUGUUGUUGGACUACAACUCCCAUCAUCCCUGAGCUCUGGCCUUGCUAGCUGUUAGUUUCUGUUCUUAUCACUGUGCAGCUGCGUGGAGUCGCAGGACUCUGUUUACAUUCCAGAGACCUUCAAGUCUCACUGGAAAGGGAGACGGGAUGUGACGUUAGUGGUUUCCUGUUUCCUUUGUUCAGUUGCUCUCUGCUUUCAUAGAGAGAGGGUGUCUUUUCUGUUCUGCGUAGUUUAGAAAUAAAACUCUUUACUAUGUAGCCCAAACCUCUCGUCUCUUCCCUGUGCUGGGAACCCUGCUGGAUAGAAUGUGCUUGAGGCCUUAUCAAAGGCUCAGGUCAUUAAACACGUCGGAGGCGAUUUCAAAGCUCGGCUCGGAGGAAGAUGAGGCCCUAUCGGCUUGGCUGAGCGGAGUUCCGACACUCGCUAGGGGUGAUGGGAGUUGUAGUUCAACAACAUCUGGGGACCCACAGGUUGAGAAAGGCUGUGGACACACAUGCACCCCCCCACAAACGCAGCAGCGUCCCCCCGCCGUUACCCCAGUUCUCCACUUCCUGGAGCUUCGCCAACACCCCUCGACCUCCAUGUGGUUCUCUGCCCGCAGGACUCCCGCCGCUACCCGUUCCUCAACACCAUGGCGGACACUUACGACAACCUCAACCGGGCUCUCUACGGGCGCCUGCCAGCCGUGGCCAAGACGGUGGCGGAGGUGGUGGGCCACUUGCUCAUCAAGCUGACGCACGACCACCUCCUGCCCCUCGACUACUGGUGCUACGGGGACGUCCUCUUGGAGCACAUCGCUCGCUUCAACGAAUACACGGCGCUGCUGAAGGUAAAGCCUGCCUUGCGCCCCUCCCCGGGAAAAACAAAGGGCCCGCCUUUUCAAAGGCUUCAACCUCCCCGCUUGCUUCCGCCAGAGCCGAGGGCUGACCCUGCAAUGGAUGUACUCGGCCAGAGGCGAUUACAUGCGCGCGGCGGACAAGCUACGCAAGGACAUCUACAGCUCCGAGGAGCAGAACGAGAGGCUCCUGCGCAUGUAUAACGUCCGCAUAAUGCGGGUGAGGCGAGGCGUGGGGCAGACGGCGAGGGGGCUUAGCGUAGCAGCCGUUGUCCUAAUCUAUUUCCCCACCCUGAUAGCAUGGACAUUCCCUGUGUAAAGGAAGUAAAGGUAACGGGACCCCUGACCAUUAGGUCCAGUCAUGGCCGACUCUGGGGUUGUGGCGCUCAUCUCGCUUUACUGGCCGAGGGAGCCAGCGUACAGCUUCCGGGUCAUGUGGCCAGCAGGACUAAGCCGCUUCUGGCAAACCAGAGCAGCGCACGGAAACGCCGUUUCCCUUCCCGCCGGAGCGGUACCUAUUCAUCUACUUGCACUUUGACGUGCUUUCGAACUGCUAGGUUGGCAGGAGCAGGGACCGAACAAUGGGAGCUCACCCCGUCGCGGGGAUUCAAACCGCCGACCUUCUGAUUGGCAAGUCCUAGGCUCUGUGGUUUAACCCACAGCGCCACCCGGGUCCCUUUAUUCCUUGUGUAUGGCCCAUGAUUAGUAACCUAGAGAAAGGAAGGGAAAGCCCAGGGACCCAGGUCUCGCUGUCUGGCCCUCGGAUCUCUCUCGGGGCCACCACUCCCUGUCCCUAGCCUUGCUUUUGCCCCUCCUUGAGUGUUUCUGCCUGGCUAAGAUGUGUCCCUGAGCUCUUGAAGCGCCUGUAUGGCAUGUCUGUAGAAACCGUACGAGUUGCUGUUCUGCCCCUGGCGCUGCCUGACAGCAGCUUGUGGCCCCUGGAAGUUUGUGCAGAAGGCAAUGCGGCCCUCAGCCUGAAAAUGAUUCCUGGCACAAUUGCCCCCUUGAUGCACCAAAGCUUCCCUUUCUUUCUUGCCACCAGUGGUUUGCAGGAAGCUCUCUUGUGUGGGAUUGCAGAGUUUUAGUUAUUAGUUAUUAUUAGUUAUUAGUUAACCUGGAGAGGGACGCGGGUGGCGCUGUGGGUUAAACCACAGAGCCUAGGACUUGCCGAUCAGAAGGUCGGCAGUUCGAAUCCCCGCGACGGGGUGAGCUCCCGUUGCUCAGUCCCAGCUCCUGCCAACCUAGCAGUUCGAAAGCACGUCAAAGUGCAAGUAGAUAAGUAGGUACCGCUCCGGCGGGAAGGUAAACGGCGUUUCCGUGUGCAGCUCUGGUUCGCCAGAAGCGGCUUAGUCAUGCUGGCCACAUGACCCGGAAGCUGGACGCCAGCUCCCUCGGCCAAUAAAGCGAGAUGAGCGCCGCAACCUGAGUCGGCCAUGACUGGACCUAAUGGUCAGGGGUCCCUUUACCUUUACCUAGUUAACCUGGAAUUAAAGGAGCAGCCUUUUGCAGAGGAUGCUUCCAUGCCCUCUGUCCUUCCUCCCCGAUUCACCAGCUCCUGCCUGGUACAGAUGGGGUUCUGCUAGUUUUUUGGGGACUGCUGUGGACUUUGGGUAUCUUUGCUCCACUAACGGCUCCCCCUCUCUGCCCCAGGUGGAAUUCUACUUCCUCUCCCAGUACGUGGCGGUGACGGAGACCCCUUUCCGGCACAUCUUGCACGGCCGGGGGGGCCAUACCGUCAAGGCCCUGCUGGAGCACGUCAGCCUCUUGCGGGAGGCCCCCCAGAGCUUCAAUGAAGUCCUCUUCCGCCGCCAGCUGGCAUUCGUCACUUGGACGCUCCAGGGGGCGGCCAAUGCCCUGAGCGGAGACGUCUGGAACAUCGACAACAAUUUCUAAACAUCAAAACACGUAAAAAAAGGGGGGGACCCUCUCAUCCCUGGAGCUGAAACAAACUUUUUGAAUGCAUUUCCAAAAAGUGAAAAAAUGUAAUCUGAGCCGUGAAAUCCCCACCCCUGAAGAAUUGUCUCGAAUCCACCAGGAUCCGUAAUUGGGAAUGUUGCGACACACUUCAGUUAUGCAGAAAGCGCAUUUUAAUUUGGGCCAGCGGAUUCUAGUCAUGCGCAGCCAAAAUUUGUUUCAGCUCUACCUCCUUUUAUUCUCCUCUCCGCUGGAAUCAUAGAAUUAGAGUUGGGGGGACCCUGAGGGUCAUCUAAUCCAACCCCCUCCUGCAAUGCAGGAAUCACAGCUUGAUCUUCUCCUUGCCUGUUCUGAAUUUAUCCGUGGCAAAGGCUCACUAUAAAUUGCCCACAUCCUGCCACACGAGUGGAGAGCAGGCUGUGGUUGUGUUUCCCUGACUUAAUUGCCUCCUUUCCCCUCCCUUCUCCUCCUUCUAAUUUAUCAGCAGCAGUGUCUGCUAUAAAUUGAAUUGAUUUAUUGCUAUGUAAUAGAGCGAAAUCCUGCGCUUCACAUUCACCCUUUACCUGGCACCUGUUUUAAUUGUUCCCCGUAUUCCAGUUUCUUCAGUGCCCCUUUGCUGACUCCCAGCUCCCUCGCUUCAAUAUUUAUCAGUUGCACUGAUGACUAUGUCAGCCUUUCCCAACUUGGCGCCCGCCAGAUGUUUGGCACUACAACUCCCAUCAGCCCUGCCUGUGCGAUGCCGAGCCUGAUGGGAGUUGUAGUCCAAAACGUCUGCUUAAGAGCGCUGGGUUUCCUGAAGGCUGCCAUAAAUGUUUAUUGCUAUGCGAUACGAUGAAAAUCCGCCCUACCUCAUGAAUAAGAACCAAAGCCUUGUUAAUUUAUCAGUGGCAAAGAUCACUAUAAAUUAUUUCUUGUUACGUUUGCAUGGUUCUUUGUCCAGCGACUUUAUUGUCCAGCUCAUCAAGUGGACAAACACACGGAUGGAAUUGAGUCGUACAAUCGUAGAAUUGCUUAUCUAGUCCAACUGCAGGAAUCACAACUAAAGAAUUCCUGUUUGAUGACAGACAGGAACAGGAUCAGAGGCGAGUUUGAAAAUGGGACAAGUGUUCCUUUAUGGUCGUUAUUCUGAGAUACCAAGACCAGUUUUUAGGAAUCUCGGUGUCCCUCAACCACCGAUUCCUGACAAAUACCGUGUCAUCAGCAGCUCAUUGCAUUUCUCCAGGGAUCCCAGAAUCUCACCCACCAGAAAUAAGCAGCCCUCUGUCACUAUGAGAAAAAGCUGAGCUUUUCCUGAUCUUGCCGAGACUCUUGUUC